GUGUGAGAGGAUGCAGCCCUGGCUCGCUUUUUUAGGCUGAAGGGCAAUGGUUCACAUGAUUCUUGCUCUCUCAAAAUGGGGUGUUGUUCAUGUAGGUUACCAGAGAAUUCUGCGCUUCUCCCCUGUGCCCAGAACAAACUGGAGCUGGAGGGAAAGGUGUUUAGGGAGGUGUUGGUGCAUGAUGCUGUGUCCCUGUGUCCCAGCAGUGAACCUGCUGAGUGAGGAUGGCAUAUGGCCCUGGCUUGGCUGUGUUGAUGUUGGUACUUACCUGUCCUCUGCCCCCAUGCAGAGGGCAGGGCCAUGCCCCACAAUGGGGUCAGCAGCUCUGAACCCCCUCACCCCUGUGCUUCUCGCUGCUCCCCAGGGAAGUAUGGCUGUGUCUUUCUGCAGAUUGAGGUUGGAUGUUCCUCAUGGCCCUGUGACCAGCCCUAUUUCACCCAGGUGCCCACUGUCACACUGAUGCCACCAGCUGACUCAAAGGUGGACCAGAAUUGCUGCAGGGUUUGGAUAUUUAAGGAAAGUGAGAUACAGGGAGGAGGAGCUGCCUGUGGAAGCUGGAAGGGGCUGCCUGGAGCCCACCUCAGCCACUCUGCCCAGAUGGUGCUGUUGGCAGAGUGGAACCAGGAGCUGAGGCCCAGAGCUGGCAAGGGCACUCUGGGGGCUCACCCAGAGCUGCCGGCCGAGGAUGCAGGAGGUCCCGCAGUGCCAGGCUGCUUCCUGCUGGAUCUGCUCCCCACACACGCCUCCCAGUGUGGAGAACACCCCUCUGCAGCCUGGCCUUUCUUGUCCCCUGAUACCCGAGUGUCCUGUCCCAUUUGCCAGCUGCCCUUUGGCAUGGCAGAGGUGGAGCAGCAUGCCAGCAACUGUGGGGAGACAGCAGGGGCCCUGUCCUCACCCCAGUGCCUGCAGUAG